CGAGGCCGGCGCCGGCGAGGCCCAUGAGGAGGGUGCAGAUCAUCUACUACCUCUGCAGGAACGGGCAGCUGGAGCACCCGCACUUCAUGGAGAUCGCGCAGCACCCGCACCAGCCCCUCCGGCUCAAAGAUGUGAUGGACAGGCUCACGCUGCUGCGGGGCAAAGGCAUGCCGGCUCUCUUCUCAUGGUCUUGCAAGAGGAACUACAAGAACGGGUACGUGUGGAACGACCUGUCGGAGAACGAUGUCAUCUACCCGUCCGACGGCGUGGAGUACGUGCUCAAGGGCUCCGAGAUCUUCCCUGGUUGCUCUUCAGCGGAUCGGUUCCAGCACCUCCGCGUGACGGACAGGUCCCCGACAAAGCCCAUGGCUCUGCCCCACAGCCACAAGCAGUACGUUGACGCCUACCGGGACGCCGCCGUGGAGGAUCCGGAGGACGACGAGCUGGGCUACUCGUACCACCACCGCCGGGCCGGCCCGCACGCGGGGGCGCGGCUCGCCCGGGCGGACAAGCUCGCCGCCGUCUCGGCCCGGACCAACCGGAGCCGCCCCGUGGAGCUGCCCGCGGAGGAGACCUCGCCGCCAUCCUCGACCUCCUCGGACAAGCCGCCGGCGCCGGCGCCGGCGCCGCUGCAGCCGGGACGGGCCGAGUACCCGGAGCCCGAGCCGAACCGCCCCGGGUCGAUGCUCCUGCAGCUGAUCGCGUGCGGGUCGGCGGCGGGGGCUGCGGGCGGCGGCUCGGGCAAGUGCCGCGCCGAGCCGAGGCGGAGCUGCGGGCUGGUGAGCCGGCUCUCGGCCCGCGCGGGCGCGGACGAGGAGGACGAGGACGCGGCGGCGGGGAGCGCCGACCUGGGCCGCCGGUUCGGGCACCUCGCCGUGGAGGACAAGGAGUACUUUAGUGGCAGCAUCGUGGAGGGAGCCGGCGGCCGGGGCACGCCGCUGCCGGCGUCGUCGCUCAAGCGGUCCAAUUCGUACAAUGAGGAGAGGAGGCUUGGCGUCGGCGGGAUCGGCGAGGAUGGAGCGGAUGAGCAGAUGGAAGGCGACGGCGGAGGGGUCAGGGGACGGUGCAUCCCGGGCAGGAAGAAGCAGCCGCCGCAGAAGUAGACCAGACCGACCUCUAGCGCCUUACAUCAGAUUUGCAGGAACUAAACGUAGUAUCUAGCUAGCUCUACCUGUGUACAACACACAGCUUGAUUGAACACUAGACAGUGUGUUAAGCAUCUUUAGAUCUGCAGUGUUCAGGUCAUCCUUGCAGAUGUUAGUUUCAGAGAGCGAGAGUAGCAGUAGACUAGCUGGUGGCCGGUUUUAUCAGUGUUGGUCUCAUUUCGCUUGGAGUCGUCAGCGAUCAGCGUGCAGCUGUGCUGGGCGGACGGUGUAGUGUGUAGGCCCUAGCUUCAUGUGAAAGAAGAUAGACAUGGCUGCCUGGCUUUGGCUGGGACCCUGGAUGCUGGAUGCAUGAUGCCUUCGUUCAUUGCUGGAUCCUGUCCUGUACUCCUGUGUGCUGUCCUGACGGCUGACGCACCAGCCGCGGCCAUCGCCUCCCACUCGUAGCAGCGUCGGUCGUGCAGUGCUUUUCCCUGCCGGGCGCUGCCACUCCCGGCAGCCAGCGCCACCGCGCCAGGCUAUCUUUGCAA